AUGUUAGCGGCGGAGACUAUAGAAAACAAGCAGCAUAACACCAGCAGUAUGUACAAGUACCUGACAAUCACAUUGGAGCCGUUGGUCGUGGCGGUGGAGAGAGCGGACGAGCAGAAGGUUCUUCGCAGUGCCGAGUGGUGCAUGGAAAAAGCUGUGCUCCUGGAGACAGAGGAGAAUUCGAGUGAAGCCAUGUCUGCACUUCAGAACUUCUCAGAAGCAAACGAGGUCUUUGUGCAACUGGUAUCCAGCAGAGUUCAAGAAAUGAUUGACUUCCAGAUGAAAUCAACUCUCGAACAAGCAUUGAAGCUGCUUAAACAGACUGUUAAAAUGCUCGAAACGGCUGUCAGAGAUAGUUUUAAUCCAAGUUCGAACCAUGAAACUUCAAAAAAGCUAGAAGGCAGAGAAUUUGCUGUCAAUCGAACUUUACAAGCAAUGGGGAAAGUUUUAGAACUGAUUCAACAAAGUCCAAAUAUUGAACAAACUAUGCAAACGGAAGCUCAUUUUUUCACCGUAAUGCAACAAAUGCUGGACGUGUUACAGACUGAAAAACGCUUCGAUUUUCUUGGAAAUCUUUCAAUUGAUGUAGAAGCUGCUCUGAGACAUGUUAUGAUGAUGGCAUACACUAUAUAUGAUGUUGAAACGAAAACCAACUUGAUGCAAACGUCAACACAGCUUCUGGAAAACGUCAAAAACGUGGAAAAUGCUCGCAUUUUAGCUGAAAACUCCUCGCAAGAAAGAGAGGUUUUCAUGUUGGCCUGUGAAGAGAUGAUUUCGAAUUUGGGGCAACUGAAUGAGUUGGUGAAACAAGUCACGGUCGAAAACUUAAUCGAUGGAUUCGUAAACUUCUCUGUACCGUCAAAACAGCUGCAAGACAUGGCAAAUCAUUUAUCCCAAACACCUGGUCUGUCGGAGGAACAGUGUACUGACGAGCUACAGAAAACUAUGAACGAGUUCAGAAUAGUGAACAAAACAAUUACCCACGCAGCGUCUUUGACAUUGGCUGCAUUUCCUUACACUGAAGACAGCCAGAUCAUCGCCGAGUCUCUUUUCGCAUUGCAACAGUGUGCUUUAGACCUCGAAUCCGAGGCCAUGUUGCAUGCCCUGUCACCCGGAACGCAGUCCGCAGAGGUCAAUAAGGGUCAACUGACGUCAUCACUUUCUCUCUGCAGAAGGAGUUGGGAAUUGAAUUGUGUGAAUGUGAAGAAGUAUUUGCACGAUUUAGUGGGAAGAGUGUUUCUGGUCGAAAAAAUUGCUAAAGUGUGUCGCCGCGACUUUACCUUCCUCCGAACAGUUUGCUCGAGGAAGCAAAUUUCCCUAGACUCUGACGAAUUACUGGCUCGACUGACUCAGAGACUGGCGGGAUUGUGCCUCGUGUCCAAUGAGAUUGCAGACAAGUCUAGUGAUGCUCUCUUCCGAAAUGGACUACUCGCUCUCGGAAACCAAGUGGUCAAAGCCGUCAAUCGUUUGAAUCAGAGUAACCAACUAUUUCAAUCUACCAAAAAUGAUUCAUCCAAAUCAUCUUCAACUCUCAAGCAGGCUUGUGAUCAGUUAGCAGAGCAGUCUCGUUUGGCCGAAGAGUGUAUGAACAGAUUAGAAAAUGGGUUGGAGAGGGGACGGCAGCCGGGAAUUUUGAACCCAAUCAGAAGAGAGGUCAGGAGAAGAGGCAGAAAAGACGAGGACGAAGUUGAUGACGCAUCGAUUGUGCAUCCGAGUGUGAUUAGCAGUCUGUUUGAAUCAUCGGUUCCGGAAUCACUAAUUGGAGACUACGGGAUUUCUGUAUUUGGAGCAAAGCAGCCAAACAAAACAAACAAAGGGAAACCUUUUAAAGAAAAGAAACUUGCAAAACUAGCUUUGGACAAGUUGAACUCAAAAAAUGAAGCAGCGUUGAAGCAGGUGACCAACGAGCUGUCAAAAAAAUUGACCAAUCAGGCGCGGCUAUUGAGAGAGUACGCUUCUUUGGCACCAACAUCAGAAAAGACCAGGAAACUGAAAAAAGAGGCAGAAGAAUACGAGGCACAGGUGAACAAAUUAAACCAACUGGCGGCUGAAGUUGACCUCACUGACAGCAGAAGAUGCGAAGAGAUUGAACGUGUUCUGCAAAAACUACAAAAUCAGGAAGAUAGUAUGGUCUCAAAUAAGACAGUCGGCGACAUCCAGGGACCCUGGCGUGGACCUCCGACACGACUUAAACGAGCGUUGGACGACAAAAAUGUUGCCGAGUUCGCGUUUGCGCGAGAAGAUUUGAGACGAAUUACGAAUGAAAUUGCCGCGCUAGCUGCACGAUCGAUGCCGAACUCUGAGGAUGAGGAUAUUUUGGAUUUAAAACCAGGUGGAAGUCAUAACCUGGAUGGGAGCAAGGAGCCCGAUUCGGCUAAGCUGGCAAGAUCAGCUCAGCUGAUGCUGUCGGCUACUAACGCAAUAGAAGAUGCGAAGUUGGAUAUAUCUGAGGAACAAGGGGCCCUCUGGGCCGUGAGAGCCAAUUGCUGUUUCGACCAAAUAGACAAUCUGCUGUCUGCACAAACGAUAUCUGACCUGACUUCCAUCUCAAAUGCAAUCACAAAAGGGGAUGUGUCGUUUUUGAACGAAAAGAUGCCGUCGCUUCAGGCCAUUUCAACCACUCAGCUCAAACUGGCCAGCUUGACAGGCCUCAGCCUUGAAAACCCUGAAGUCCAAAUGUCGUUCUCUAAAGCGACCGAGGAGUUUCAAACAACAUCACAGGAGUUACUGAAAAGGAUGAGUCAGCUGCAGUCAGCUGAUCUAAACUCGGAGAAGUCGGAAAAUGAGAGGCGGAAAGAAAACGCGAUGAUCAAAUUGAGACAAUGGGCUUUUCAAUUGCGUGACCUUGAACAAAUGGUGGAAACAGAAUGUGGCUCAGUUUCCUUUCCGGUGGACAAACUGAUCACAACUGCCAUCACUCAACAAACUUCAAAAUCAUUGGGAAUUCCGGACUCAAAAUUAAGCUCAGCUGCUAGCUCCGGGAAUGACUUGCAAAGCAACGCGGACAGAUUACACGCAGACACUGCACAGCUGAAAAAACUCGUCAAUGACGCCUUCAAAAACUGUCCCGACUCUGAACUGAAGAAGAAAGCCAUGAAAGCCAUGGGCAAUCUGGGACACAUAACCGCGGCCAUAAUUGAAAAGAGUAGAGAGCUCGCAAUUGGAACAGAAAAUGGGGAGGAGGGUGCACAGAAGAAUCUGCUACGUCAGCUGAGACGAGAGUGGGCAGUGUCUGCUCUUUACCUGUCCAACUUAGCCCAAACAGCACCUGGACUGUCCGAGGAUCAAUCAGACAACAUCGUGGCUCGUCUCAGAGGAGAAGGAAUUAACCAGAAAAAGAUAAAGCAGUCUGAGAUUUCCGAAGAUGAGAUCCCGAGAGAAGUUCAAGAAGGCACUCAACGUACGCUCAACUCGGCCAACAACAACCCAUUCUUUAAACUGACGCCUGCUGAAAAACCCAGUGAGUCGGAAAUCCAGAAAUUGAGACGCAAUGAAUUGAAAGAGAACUUGGCCGACAUCAUGGAAACGUCCAACAUAGCCAGUCAGGAGGCUGGAAUGGACCAAUUAGGAGAGGAGGGCGAACAGGAGGGGGAAGGGGAGAAUGGACCACAGUACAAGAACAGAGUUAGAAGGAGGUCGACUAUGUUGUCCAGAAGAAACACUCAGACAAUAUUGCAAGCGGCGGAUGGUCUGAAGAAACAAGUGGAGCAGUUCGUGGGACUAGAGGACUGUGAAGGGACAGAGAGUGUGAGCAAUGCCAUGAUCUCGGCUGCCAGGAAGCUGGCUCAGCAGAUGCACGACCUCGCAGAGUUCACUCAACACCAGCCCCCACUCAAGACGAAGGAGGACUUUGUGCACACGGCCAAGGCCAUCAGUGCCAAUGGACACUCCAUACUGAAGUGGGCCAAACUGAUCGCAGACAGGUGUAUCGAUCAGAGGGGUCUGGCGCGUACCCUGCGUGACUCAUGUGAGCCGAUUGCCAUGCUGGGCACCCAACUGUCGGUGGUGGCCAGUGUGAAGGCAGUGUGUCCGGACAAACACGAGACAGACGACGCAUUAGUCACCAAUGCGCGCAACCUCAUAGAUGCAGUCUCAAAUACACUCAUACACACAGAAGCAUGCUGUAUCAAGGAUGAGUUCUUCAUUCAAGGUCUGAAACCAAAACCAGAAGAUGGGGUCGAAAACUCCGAUGGGCAUGAAGCCAUCAAACUGGCUGCCAGCUGGAAGAGACGACUGGACCAGAAGAGGAAACAUGCGGCCAGCCACCUCCCAGUGGACAGUUUUGGACUAAGGAAGACCACGUUGGACAGGGGAGGGGACGCCAGUUUGAGGGAUUACCUGAAAACCCCAUGAAGAGAUUUUUUCAGAAAGUAAACUCAACAAAGUUACGAAAUCCACAAAUUUGAGAUCUCCACAGUCUUCGAAAAACUUGAAAUACUAUGAAAAAUUAGCUUCUUUUUUAUAUGAGUUGAAUACAAAAUGGCAGACACUGAUUACGACAAAGAAUAA